AUAAUCCAAAAUGGACGAUAAAAUCAUCCUGAACGACUUUUCGCUGACAACUCUAAAAGAUUGGCUACGUAUUCUGGGCCAAAAUACGGAGGGCACAAAAGCCGAAUUAAUCGCGAGACUGCAAGACAUCCCAACGGCAGUUCGGGGCGAUUGUCCACCGGAGCACCCCCAGAAAUACGCUCCACCAAGAAACGACAUUUUUUCUUCACUGGAUUUCCAGAAUUGUGAAAUUAACACCGAUCACGUAAGUGUGAAUGCGAUGAACAGAAAAGAAUCAACCGAAACUGGCAGUGAGAGGGAGACAAACAUGUUCGAGCUACAGCAAUUACGCGCAGAGCUAGCAGAAGCGAAGGCAAUGCUUAACGGAACACGAUCGAGCUUGCAGUUCCAAGAACAACAACAACCAGAGCAAAGCAAGGCUACAGUUAGUUCCGUUAUCCAGACGGCGCAGUUUACGCAGGCUGGCGCCACAAAAGAGAACACAACAUUUCACUCGCCGCAGCGAUCCAACGAGAGAGCGGAGAGCCAGCGUUUUCCAGUUGAUGUUCUCGCUCUCGCCAAAGAGACGAUAACCGAUUACGAUGGGAAAACUUGCGCGCGUGCCUGGAUAACAGUGUUCAAAAAUAUCGCACGCACUUUCAACAUCGAUGACAACCAUUUACGCAUCUUACUCAUCACUAAACUUAAAGGAAACGCGCAAGUCUGGUUACAUGCGCACCCUGCUCGAUUGAUCGAACCAAUUGACAAUUUGCUUGAUCAAUUGUCAUUGACUUUUGGCGAGCAAUCAUCCAAGGCUGAGAUCCGGCGAAAAUUCGAGAGUCGCAAGUGGAAAACCGAGGAGAAUUUCUGCAGUUAUUACGAUGAGAAGAUGGCUCUCUCAAACGGGAUAAACAUCGACGACGACGAACUACUGGACCAGGUGAUAGAGGGCAUACCGCUGCAAAAUUUCCGUACCCAAGCACGGAUUCAAUGCUUCUCUACUCCAUCGGAGAUGCUACGCGCAUUUUUGAACAUCCGUUUGCCAGCUCGGAGGGAGCCACCUGUACAGCCAACCGACUACAAAGAUGCCAUACGAUGCGCAAACUGUAAUUCAAGAGGACACAAAGUGACAUCUGCAAGAAGCCCAAACGUGAACCAGGUUCGUGCUACGCCUGUGGACAACUUGGACACCUGGUGGCACAAUGUCCCACAAGGAAGAGCGUUUCAACUAAUAAUUAUAAUGCCUCAUAGACUCUGGCAGUCCUAUAUCUAUCAUUAAAAAGUCACUUAUUAACGAGACAAUGAAGUUAGCCCUAGUUAAUACUUGC